GUCUGCUCUGCGGCUGGAUGAUCAGACUUGUAUUGGGCUUGUUCUUGUGAUUCUCCUCUUCUCGCUCUGCUGGAAAGGAUUAAGCCGAUGGAUUUCAGGGCACUCAUUCUCAUCUUCUGCCUCUCCUUACCCGCCAUAGGGGCGAUCCCAAAGUGCUGUGUGAAAACAACUCCAUUUGUGCCCAUGUACUUCCUGAAGCAGGUGGACAAAUAUGACAUCCAGAGCAGCAACGGUUUCUGUGACAUUGAUGCUGUCAAAUUGCACGUGAAGGGGAAAAGAUACUGCGCCAGCAAAAAUGUCAUUAAAAUCCUGAACAUGAUCGAGGAGAGGAGGCGACAGAAACAGCAGAAGCAAGCACAAGCCAGCAGGACAAGUAUCUGAGGAUGACAUGCCAGACAAGUAGCAUAUGAUCAUGAUGGGUUACAAACAGGCCUAUUUGUAGAUGAUGCCUGUCUGACAGUGAGGAUAAACGACUGUACAUUUACUUGGAUAGUGUAGGAACACCUUUUCUUUUUAUGCACUCUUUCUGGGUUGAAAAUCAUGUGUUUUUGGCCCAGCUGUGGCUUAGUCAGCUGGCCACUGGACUGCUGCGCGGGUGACCCGAUUUCAAUUCAUAACCCGGAUCACUCCCUGAUCCUUCCCCAGUCUCUCCGUCUCUUACUCAUUUCCUGCCCCACUCUUCACUGUCCUGUCUAAAUAAAGUUGAAAAAAAGUUGUUGUUUGUUUUUUGUUUUUAAGAAAAUUGUGAAUAUUUCUCACUUUUGAGAUUUUUUUUACACUGGUUAAUUUCAUAUAAAUGGGGCUGUUUGUGUUAUAUUUUUCUUUCAUGAUUUUGUAUGGGUGAAAUAAAACAAGUAGA